AUGAAUUAUGCAAUAUUUCAUGAUUUAGAUAUUAAACUUAAACAUAGAAACAAUGGGAUGAUGGAUCAGGUUGUGGAGGAGUCAACACCUUCGAGCCAGUAUCCAAAUAUCAGUUCAUUCGAUGAAAAUGAUCCAUCUAGUUCAAAUAUAGUUAUGGGCCAAUUCUUGAAGGAUAAUAUAAUUAGAGGUCAAACAAUUCUGGAAAUUGGUUCAGGUAGUGGUAUCUGUGGUCUCUAUGCUGCCAAACUUGGUGCAAAUGUUAUUCUUACAGAGAAAGAGAUCGAGGGAAUUCACCUACUCAAUGAGAAUAUAAAACUCAAUGAAUGUACUCUUUCGAGUGUUGCCAUUGGAUUAUCGCCAGUAAUGGGUAUUCAUAGCUUACCUAGUUUUAUAAAUUUGAUUAGUAGACCAUUCGAUAUCAUAAUGGCAUCUGAUUUAAUACAAUCAUCGUUUAGUGUUGAAAGUAUAUUACAAAUGUUUUCUUUUGUGUCGGCAAUAUUAAAAUCACAAUAUCAUUCAAACACAUCAAGUAGUUCCUAUUUUCUAAUGAGUUACAACUGUGAGACUACCAGUGAACUGACCAUCCGUAAAACCAUAGAAAUAGCUGACAGAUUCGGUUUGAAAUCAGAGAGAAUCAUCAACAUGAACAAUGACAACAACACUAUAUCCUCUACCUCUACAACACCUUUAGGUCAACUUUGGAAGUUUGAACCAAAAGUUUAUAUUAUUUAA